CCAAUCAUGGCGCCCACCGACCACGACCCCCUCCUCGUCCUCCGCCAGUCCAUCUCCAGCGGCCAGUCCUUCGUCCCCAGCGCGUCCGACGAUGCCGCGGCCCCCGAAGUGCCCCUCUCGCAGGCCACGCACCUGCAGUUCACAGCGCUGUCGCUCGCCCUGCCCAUAGACUCGCCCACGCGCUUCAUCUCGAGCGACAAGCCCGUCGACCUGCGCAGCAUCUACUUCGCCUGGCUCAACCGCGAGCUGGCUAUCCCCGAGUACAACGCCGCGGCGACGCGGCUGAACGAGGAUCUCGCCGCCGCCGGGUCCAGCGCCAAGGUGCAGAACCUGGGCUUCAUCGAGAGGCUCGACCUCAUCACCUGGCUGGAGGGCGCCAGCGAGGAGAGCGAGUACAUCAAGCCCCUGGCUGGCGACGCGGGCGCGGCGGCGGCGGGAGCGGCUGCCUCUUCCAAGACGGGCGCUGCGGCCUUGGCGGCGCAGGCUCGGUCCGGCAAGGGGACGAUUGACCCGCGGCUGGCGAGCGUGUAUGAUGGGGAGCGCCGGAUGGGCGACCGGAACACGGUCCUGAGGGGCAUCAAGCCGACGGACUUUUCUCACGUCCGAAAACUCGCCCUCCCCUUUAUUCAGAAAAAGUCGCAGUCCUCUUCCACGCUUGGCGCAACCCAGUCCCUGUCCAUCAACCAAAAGGGUCCGGCUCGCCGCCCCGAUCCCAUCAUCCUGCUCUCCCCGUCUGCCUCUUCACUCCUGCGCAUGUCCAAUGCGCGCUCCUUCCUCGAGGACGGCAAGUUCGUGCCUCCCGAUGCCGGAGCGUCCACGGCCUCGAUGCUCCACGUCCAGCGCAUCAUCCCCGGCAUCGAUCCCAACCGUCCCAUGCGCUUCAUUCUGGUCGAGGGAUCGGAGCAGUUCAAGCCGGAAUACUGGAACCGCGUCGUUGCGGUGUUCACGACGGGCCAGACGUGGCAGUUCAAGAACUACAAGUGGAGCAAUCCCAACGAGCUCUUCAAGCACACCAUGGGCGUAUAUGUUGGAUGGAGAGGCGACCUGCCGCCGGAUAACAUCCGUGGCUGGGGCCACCGCGUCGUGAGCACGAGCGUGGACCGCUGGCGAGGCGAGGACGACGUCGCGUCUCGAUUCAGGGACAAGGAGGUUGUCGAACACAUCUGGAAGUCUAUCGAGAUGAACAUGCGGAGCAAGGGCUGGAGGAAAGACGCUGCCCCGACGUCGAUAUAAGCUGCAUGCAUUUUUUUUAUAUCUCGUUUUAAAGCGACGGCGUUUUGGUUUUUUAUUUAUCUUUCCUUUUCUUUCCAGGCGAGGGCAGAAAAGAAGACAUGGAAAAUUAAGUAGAAGGG